AUGGAGCAGUUCGGUGGGCCCUGUGGGUUCAGGCCUGCCGCCGGCACGCUUCCACCCACACCUUCAGACAAGUACUCUAGCAAACAGCCGACUGUGGCUUACCCUAAUGAUGGUGGGCGCCAUUCCACUAACGAGAAUCAGAGACCUGCGGACGGUCAGACUCCCCGCCAGAGCAGCUCUGUACCCUCGAUGGCGUCAAAUCCUGUCCACGAUCCUCCGGCCCACUCUGCACAGCCCUCGAGCUAUUACAGAGCGCCGGUACCGCGGUCGGCGUCCUCCGGGGCUCUGGACGAAGAAGCGCGACUCUCUCAAUACGAAGUGAUCAGGCAGAUCGGUGCAGGACGAUUUGGAGAAGUUUUCAUCAUCCGCCAUAAGGCCACAAAGGCUCUCCUCUGCUGGAAACUGGUUUUCUACAAAGGACUGAGAGAGAAAGAGAAGAAGCAACUCGUGUCGGAAGUCAACGUCAUGCGAGAGCUCCGCCAUGCAAACAUCGUACGGUACCACGAUCGCAUUGUCUGCCGAUCGAGGCAGUGUCUGUACAUCGUCAUGGAGUACUGCGACGCUGGAGAUCUCGCCAAGCAGAUCGAGGCCGCUCACAAGCAUCACGGCGGCAUCGACCAAGACCGCAUCGUUCUGGUUGUGGUUCAACUGAUCCAUGCCCUCGCCUACUGUCACGAGGGUGUCGGCCAAGAGAGACGUCGUGUACUGCAUCGGGAUCUGAAGCCCUGCAACAUUUUUCUGGCGUCGCAUCCAGAGUACCCGGACGACCCAUCUCGGUGCAUUGCGAAGCUCGGGGACUUCGGUCUGUCUAGACACCUGAACAUGCACUCGAUGGCCCACUCCUGCGUGGGGACGCCGUACUACUGGUCGCCAGAACUUCUCGAAGACGGCCAGAAGACCUACAACGUGAAGAGUGACAUGUGGGCACUCGGAUGUGUCAUCUACGAAAUGUGCACCGGCAAGACGCCCUUCGCUCAGGCACAAACGAUGCCCCAGCUCAAAGAAAGAGUGCGGUGCGGUCCUGUUCUGCCGAUCCCUGGGUUCUCCGAUUCCCUCAACGCCCUUAUGGCUUCUCUGCUGCAGCCGAACCCGAACAACCGCCCGUCGGCGCUCCAGUGUCUUGGCUACACCCUUUUCCGCGGGUGUUCGUACACUCCUCCUCCGCUGUAUCGCCCUUCGUCCUCGGCGUCGCGGACUCCGAGGGACACCUCGCCGGCGCGCGGGUCUCCGUCGGGCCUUUCGGCCGCUCCCGGCUCGAUGACGUCCAAGAUCUCGUCCUCUCUCUGCGCUCCUUCCUCCCGCCGCGACUCUCCAGGAUGCACGCCAACGAGUGUGUCCUCCACGUCCCGCUAUCCGUACCGGUCUUCCUCGACUUGCGCGUCUCCGUCUCCGCAGCAGGCCCCAGGGCGUGCGAGACAGGCGGAACUUCCGAGGGAGGGAUUUGACCCGUGCGCGCGUCCUGGAUUCUUCGCCGAGGCGCCUCCUCCCCACGCGUUCGGCGAGGCGCCGCCGGCUUCGCAGUCCGCCUACUUGCCUCCGUCGAGUGCGGGAGCGAAAAACGAAGAGCGAGAGAAGUCUCGAGACCGGACGCGAAGAGCCGCCGUUGCACCCGCCGCGACAGUCGCCGCCUUCGAGCGCCAGCGCGACGGCCGCUCGCUGAGUCCGGACCCUUCGGCACCCCUCGCGUCGAUUGAGGAGGAAGAAGAAGGCGAGGGCGACGACGGCGUCUGCAGCGUCGGGAGUGGGACUGGAACGACGCGGCGGAUUCAAGCGGCUCCGCUCGGCGGAGAAGACCGGAGGGGAGCUCUGCUGGGUGCACAGGCCGACGGCGUCGCGGGACGAUCGCAAGACAGGAGCCGGCCGGCCGACUCCCAGAGGAAAGACGACCGAGACUCUGGCGUCUGGACUGGGGCCAGGCGAACAGUAGAGCUCUGUGCAAGGCCGGAGUCAGACUUUUCGCGGGACCACGGCGCGCUCUCUCAAGCUAAGAGCGACAACAGACGGUUUUCCGUCGGCGGGCCGGCAAAGAGAACUGGCGCCCCUCAAACUGAGGACCGGAGUCAGUUCUCUUCGGACACUUCUCUUCCGCCGGCGCCUUUCCCUGCAGGCCUCUCGCGGCGCUGCAGCGAACCUCCGGCUGCGUUCCACGCGGCCACCUCGCCCUGGGACGCCGCCCUUCAGCGGCCGUCCUCGGCCGCGCCGUCCUCUUCGUCGUCUCGCUCUGUUUCUCCGUCUUCUUCGUCUCUCCUGCGUCUCUCUUCGCGCGAAAGAAAACACUCUGGCACCGAAGACCGGACUUCCGCUCCAUCUCCCAGUGGAGCCGCCAACAUUCGGGCAGAGAGAGGCCCUGACGCCGACGCGCGCGCGGGCGGCGCGGGCGGCGCGGCCUGGACUGCCAGCGAGGAGACGCGGGCCGUGCAAACGCAUGCGCGUCACGCUGUGGCGCAGUCCGCGAGUUCGUUCUUCUCCGAGGGCAGUGCGCGGGCGACUCGCCAGGACGAGGGCCGGGAUUCGGAGCCCCAUCUGCUCCAGGGGCGCGGGGGGUGCUCGGCGGCGGGUGAGCACAAUCCCGCGGGUGCCCCGAGUGCAGGGACCGCCAGGGACAGUGCGUUUGAGAGGGGAGGCAGGCGAGACGGACGCACGGACGGAGGCGACACGAACGGUUUCGGCUUCUGGGCCAACGGCGGGUCGGACGAGCAGCGGGACCGUGUGGGCGCCGACACUCCGGUGUCUCCGUUUUCUUCUGCCAAGUCUCUCACUCGGCGGAGUUCCGCAGUCGCGGGACUGCCGUCUUUCGCCUCUCCGAACGCCUCCGUGUCUUUCUCGGCGCGCGCACCUGCUGAAUGGAGACGCGCAGACCUUGGGUCCACCUCGGGUUCCGCCUCGCCUGCCGGCGCACGCGAUUACCUGCCGUCGCCUAGGUCGUGGCAGAGUCACGAGAAAUCCUUCCCCUCUUCCGCCCCGACUGUCUAUGCCUCCCCCGCGUACCCUUCUCUCCAGGCGCCCUACCCCGAGGCUGGGCCCCCUGGCGGCCAGUGUCCUCGGCGUCGCCAGUCAGCCUUCCCGAGUGUGAAGCGUCUAGAGUACGAAGAAGAACAUGCAUCGAGCUCUGGCCUCCCCACUCUCCUGUCUCCGCGGUUUCCCCACCCCACAGAUUCACGGCCCGCGGGCGGGGUGUCUCCUCGCAGUGCGCAGACACAGGCUCUGGUCCCGCCUCUUGCGGCUGCUGCGGCGGGCUCCAGCCCUCACGAGAGAGGCCGAGAGGGUUCGAACUUCGACCGAAGAAUACCUGGCGCCGAGCCGCUUUCUUCUGGUCCGUUUUCCCUUCCACAAGAGAGAGAAACGCGCUGGAGUGGGGACCACCACGCUCUCGGGGGUGACACUGAACGGGCGGAGACUCGUUUCUCUCACGCCUUUCGUACAGACGGCCAAGGGCCUCCUUUCGGGGCUUUCCACACCGCGCCUCGAGGGGACAUUGCAGGUGUCUCCGAACCCGGAGCGAGGGCCAGCGGGCCUUUCGACCACGGGCAGUUGGGCUCCGGGGCUCCUGAGGGACAGGCGUUCGGCUUCACCCCCCCUACGCAUGCGCCUUCGGAGAAGAAAGACGCCGAAUCGGAGUGGAACAACCCGACGGCCACUGUCUUCUACUCACCUCGCUCGCCACGCAGUGAUCUCGCUCGGGACGGGGCGCGUGCGCCGAGGAACCCGUAUGGUGCCCAUUUUCGCCCGGGUCUUUCUCAGGGGUGUCCCUUCUCAGGCCUUCCAGCCGAGCGCUACGAAGACAAGCAGCAGGCUGGGCCAGGAGGUGCGUUUUUCUCUCCCACGUUUGGCUCUCAGCCGCGGCCACAGGCGUCGGCCCCGCCAGUCCAUGAACACACUUUUGGCAGAAAUCCCUCCUUUAACUCGUGCGCGUUCUCUGCGAACGCUGGCCUCCGAAGACCCCCGGCGACCGCGGGUAUGUCCGGGGACACUGGGGCGUUUCACCCCACCGUGUCUCUUCCGCGGGCCUCGAUGUCCCGGCGGGUGAGUGCUCCGGUCGGGGGAGGCUCUGUGGAGGCGCCUGCGGGUCGUUCCCGGUACGGCGCGUCUUCUUUGGGAGGCCUCUCGGCGGGGCCGUUCCCGCAAACACACCACGUGGGAGAGCCAGAGGGAACUGCGGGGGGAGGCUUCGGAAGGCGACAGGACGGGGACGCCUCGCGCGUGGACGCGCAGGGCGCGGUGUCUCCGCGGUCGUUCUCUUUGCAAAGAACCGACGCUCCGUUUCCUCGAGGCCAAUCGGAGGGAAGUCGCUUCCAGCAUCCAGCCGGGACGAGGCCCGCUGACUUGACGCGGAAAGGCGAAAAGGCGCAGACGGCUUAUUCAUUCGGAAAGGAUUUCUCCCACCCUGCGCCCGAGGGCGCAGGGUUCGACUUGGGCGACCCGAUGCGACAGACCCGAGCGGGGUUCCCGUCCCCGCGAGGAACCGAGAGAAGAGGCCUGCCGGCGCCGCUCGGAGGCCGCGACACGGCCUUUCCGCUGUACUCUCCGCGAGUAGGGCAUUCGGAAAGUGAGCCGGGGUGCUCCCCGUUCGAAGAGCCGUCGGACUCUCUGCGAAGAGACGGCGAGGACCGGGAGAACAUCGUCCCCAAAGCGAACGGACACGUGCCCGUGUGUGGCGUGCCUGCGAGCAAACACGCGUUCGGAGAGGACUGCGUGUUCGAGAAGGACGCGUGGACCGGGCAGAAACUCGCACCCGAAAACUUCCACUCCCCCGCUUCCGUCGCUCCGUAUCCGUCGUCCCUUUUGACUGGUUUCGCUGAGGGUCAGAAGAUGGCGUCGCGGUCUUCCUGCUUGGGCGGCGAGAGAGAAAGGCUGGUGGGCCACGAGAGAAGUCUUAGGUCGCCCGACUUUCCGUCAUCUCUCGAAAAAAGGGGCUGA